UCUAAGUGCAGAGAAUUAUCAGUCAUUAUCUUCAAUUCUGCGUUGGAUAUACUCUCAGGUUUGAAGUGCGUACAUGGUAUGUUAAGCGCACCAAGUGUUCGAUGCUAUGCCUCACUGAUAUAUUCUCAACUUGUAGCCUAUUUGAUCCCCCGCUUUGAUUUCAGGAGAAGUAUAUAAUUCUUUGAAUCUGCUUGUUCUAGUGCUCGGAUCAACUGUGAUCAUAUGCCAUCUAUGAUGUUGUUUUCACAAAGUAGAUGCCUUAUCCUCCUUCUCGUCCUAUUCCUGGAGGUAUCACCGUAUCCGACAUUGUCAAGUUUAUUCCCAAAUUAUGGAAACAGCCACCAAGUCCUGUCCCACGAACUUCCGAAAGCCACAAUGAAUCAAUGGUGAUUGAGAGUCUUUUCAAAUCUCUCGGACAUUUCGCCAGCCACGGUCAUUUGCAUGACGCUUUUAGAACGCUUUCUCUUCUACGUCUUCAAUCCUCUUCCUCUGUUUCAGGUGACCUUGUUUUGCAUUCCGUGGCUUCCCUUUUAUCCGCAUGCGUCCAUGUUCGUGCAUUUUCGCCAGGGCUGCAAAUUCACGCUCACUGUAUUUCGUCGGGUGUGGAAUAUCACUUUGCUUUUGUGCCAAAGCUGGUUACUUUUUACUCUGCCUUUAAUCUCCACAACGAAGCUCGGUUAAUCAAUGAGAACUCCGACAUUUUGCAUACCUUACCUUGGAAUGUGCUCAUCGGUUCGUAUGCCAAGAACGAGCUUUUUGAGGAGGCCGUUGAUGCUUACAAGCGAAUGGUAAGUAAAGGAAUUCGACCCGAUGCCUUCACUUAUCCGUCUGUUCUCAAGGCCUGUGGUGAAACUCUUGACCUUGCCUCUGGAAAGGUGAUUCAUGGAUCCAUUGAGAUUAGCUCUCACAAGUGCAGCUUGUAUGUCUGCAAUGCAUUGAUCUCUAUGUAUAAAAGGUUUGGAAAUGUGGGUAUCGCUCGGAGGUUGUUCGAUAGAAUGCCUGAAAGGGAUGCUGUCUCAUGGAAUGCAGUGAUAAGCUGCUAUGCCUCGGAAGGCAUGUGGAGUGAAGCAUUCGAGCUUUUUGAUCAAAUGGGGUUUUCAGGUGUAGAAGUCAGUGUCAUAACUUGGAAUAUUAUUUCUGGAGGUUGUUUGCAUACAGGAAACUAUGCAGGAGCUUUGGGUUUAGUCUCUAGGAUGAGAAAUUUUCCCACGAGCUUAGAUCCCGUGGCUGUGAUUAUUGGUUUGAAGGCCUGCUCGCUCUUAAGAGCUAGACGGUUGGGAAAAGAGAUCCAUGGUUUUGCAAUUCGAAGUUUUUACGAUGGGAUUGACAAAGUUCAAAACACGUUGAUCACAAUGUACUCGAAAUGCGAUGACCUUAGGCAUGCCUUUAUAGUGUUUCAACAGAUGGAGGUAAAUAGUUUGAGUACUUGGAACUCUAUCAUUUCCGGUUAUGCGCAAGUGAACCGAUCAGAAGAAGCCUCUUUCCUUCUCAGGGAGAUGUUGCUUGCUGGCUUUCAGCCAAAUUCCAUUACGUUUGCAAGCAUUCUCCCUCUUUGUGCUCGGGUUGCAAAUCUGCAACAUGGGAAAGAGUUCCAUUGCUAUAUCCUGAGGCGCAAGUGCUUCAAGGACUAUACAAUGCUGUGGAACUCCCUCGUCGAUAUUUACGCAAAAUCGGGAAAGAUUGUAGCUGCAAAGCGAGUAUCUAUUUUGAUGAGCGAAAGAGACGAAGUAACAUACACUUCCUUGAUAAAUGGAUUCGGAAAUCAGGGUGAAGGGCGAGUUGCCUUGGCCCUGUUCAAGGAGAUGAUCAGAUUUGGUAUUAAACCUGACCAUAUAACCAUGGUUGCAGUUCUAUCGGCCUGCAGUCAUUCCAAGUUAGUCCAUGAAGGCCAAAGGCUGUUUAUGAAGAUGCAGUGUGAGUAUGGUAUACGGCCUUGUCUUCAACAUUUUUCUUGUAUGGUUGAUCUCUAUGGCAGAGCAGGUCUCCUGGAGGAAGCCAAAGGUGUAAUUCAAAGAAUGCCAUAUGAGCCGUCCAGUGCCAUGUGGGCUACUCUACUGAACGCUUGCCACAUCCACGGGAACACAGAGAUUGGUAAGUGGGCAGCAGAAAAACUCCUGGAGAUGAAGCCAGAGAACCCGGGUCACUAUGUGUUGAUUGCAAAUAUGUAUGCAGCUGCUGGUUCUUGGAGAAAACUUGCUGAAGUGAGGACUUCCAUGAGGGACUUGGGUGUGAAGAAGGCUCCUGGUAGUGCUUGGAUUGACAUAGGUUCUGGGUUUUCACUGUUCUCUGUGGGGAACACGUCAAGCCCUCAAGCAUGUGAUACCUAUCCUCUGUUAGAUGGAUUGAAUCAGCUGAUGAAAGACGCUACUGAUUAUGCCAUCUAUGAGGAUCAAAGUUCAGAUGAAGAACUUCUUCAAGAAAGAGGAUGAAGUUGACCCUCGUGGAAUCAUA